AAUACUAAUUAAUGUGCUAUUAAUUAGUUCUUUAUGUAAUUUUAUGUCUUAUUAAUAAAUCAUUUUGAUUAUCUUGCAAGUUAUUUAGUAAAGUCGUGUGAAGUAAUUUUCUACAAAAUGUCUAAUGUUGUGGAUUUAAUGAAAUUAUUUGAGCAAGAUUCCUCAAAUAACUUAUUUAUGCAAUAUAUUAUUAGAGAAGGGGAUAAUAUAUCAAUGGACCCAACAGUUAUAAGAUUUGUACAUAAUUCAAUCACAUCCACGAUCAAUAAUCGAUUAAAUGAAGCUGCUACUCGAUACAAGGGUUUUCUUCUAUUAAAUAUAUAUUUACCCAAAUGCUCAUCUAACAUGCUAUUAAAGUAUGGCAUGUUAUGGUUAGGAAGGGCUACUAAAGAAUUGGAAAAUAUUAAUAAUAAUCCUGAAAAUUUUCCGUUAACUUGUAAUGUUAUUGGAAAUGUCAUGAUUCAAUGUAAGCCCAUACCAGAAUUGCGAGAGCAGAUAUCGAUGGAAAAUGUUAAACAACUUAUAAAUAUUUUGAGUAGUCUUCAAUCAUUCAUUAACCGUCCUCCUACGUACUAUCUUCUAUCUACUUUAUUAUAUUAUUAUCCAGAAGCUUGUGAACGUUCACUGGAAUUAAUUAGAAGAAUGAUAUUCUCUCAAAUAGAUUCUACCAAAGGCAAUUCAGUUAGUGUGGCAGCUAAAUGUUUUGCACUUUUUAUUAGAACUACUCAACGUUCUUUUAAACCACCUCCAACAAAGUUAUACUAUACAUGUUGGACUUACAAUCAAGCAUUGAUAUGCAACAAUUUGCAUGAAAUAAUGGAUAAGCUUUUUUCUGAUUUUUUAGAAACUGAAACUGUUGACAUUUGGGAUAAAUUGGAUUUAUUAGAUAUUCCAGAAGAUAAUUUAUUAUUCAAAUACUAUUCUAAACAACAACAACGAUUUUCCAACUUAUGCGUGUACUUAUCAACUAUGUUAAAUGGAUACGACGAAGGAAAUUCUGUUCUACCUAAUGAUAUUUUAAAAGUAUUAUGUCGUGGUUUAGCUAUAAAUCCUAUGUAUUUGAAAAAUGGAAAUUCUAUUAAAGGACAGUUAUUAUAUUUUAUUAUACCCAAGAUAUACAUUAGCUUAUUUAAUGUUUUAAGUGCAUUUAUAGAUGGAUUUAAAAAAGAACUGUUACCAUAUGGAUCAAUUAUCUUAAAGUUAUUUAAUCAAACAAUAAAAUGGACAGCAAAUAUAUUAAAAGAUCAAGAAACACUUAGUGCCAAAAAACCAUUUAAAGAUAUAAGAAUAUCUGCAUACAAAUGUUUGUCUUUAUGGUUAUUAAGUAACAAUGAACAAUCUGGCAUUGAAACAAUCAUAAGUGAAUGUCUUCCUUUCAUAUUUAAAGAUGUCGUUUCAGAAAAAGACCCUGUAUUACUGACUAUGAGCGUUGUGUCGGGUAAUUUCUCGAAAAAAGCUUUGAAACGUAUGAGAGAUGGUCAAUACAAAAUGAAUCCAUUGAUAAAAAAUAUGAUUGCAAUUAACAAGAAUACAUGUUUAGAUGUAGAUUUGUGUUGUGAAGCACUUAUAACUUUACAAAAUAUUUUAUUUAAUAGUUACGUGACACCACCGAUUUAUAUAGGCAUACAGAAUAUUGUAAUUUCACUUUUGUAUGAUUAUUAUCUUGAUUCACCUGUAGUAACAUUUUAUAAGAAAAAUGUACAAUGUCGUUUACAACUGUUAAAAUUAUUGAAAGGUUUACAUUUACAUUCAGAAGAAUCAUUAGCACCUGCAACGGAAUAUGCUAUAGAAAUUUUUGAAAUGGCUCAAGACGAUGUUAAUCCACAAAUUGUUCAAGAAGCUAAAUGUGCAUUAUCAGAAUUAGAAAAAAUUAUACAUCCUUCUGCACCAACUUUAUGCUUACCUAAAACAAAAGAAUUCAUAGAGGAAGAUGAUAUUCGUUCUAAUGAAUUAAACGAAGAAGAAGAAGCAAGUGGAUCAAAUGAAGACAUUUUACCACCGACGAAGAAACGACCAAAAAUCUUAGAUAUUGUUACAUUUAUUUCUGAUGAAAAAAAUCAUACAGAUUCGGGAAAUAAUAAUACAGAUAAAGUAACGGAUAAAUCAAUAACUAUAGAAAGUUCUAAGUCAGAAGAUUAUUUGUUAGAAGAAAGUAAAAAUAUUGUAAAUAGAGCACCACUUAUAGAAGUAAAAGAUAUCGAACAAAAUGCUGAACCUGCUGAACAGCAAAAUAGUACAAAAGAAGAUCAGAUUUUAUCAGACUCUUCUGAUAAAAUAAUAGAUAAACAAUUGGAGCAAACAGAGGUAAAAUCGAUAAAAACGAAUGAUGCUGAGGAAGAUCUAAAGGAAGAUAAUCCUGAACAAGAAGAUAAUCCUGAACAAGAAGAUAAUCCUAAACAAGAAGAUAAUUUGAAAACUGUGGAAGAAAUGGAUGAUAUAAUAAUGGAUGAUGAAAAGCAAAUGUUACUGUCUUUUCAAGACCAAUUGAAAGAUGAAUAAAUCUAAUUUGACGAAACAAUUUCUUUUCUGUCAUAUUGAAAUUAUUCGUCAAGGUAUUACUACUUAAAGUAAAUUAAAAAUA